UAAAAGAUAAAGAAGGGAUUAAAGAUGUUUCGUCGCGGAAAAUUUUCUUUUCUAACCAGCAAAGAUGAUCGCAUUAAAAUCAUCAAUGAACGCAUAAAUUUGACAGAACGCCAUUUAAUGGAAAUGUGUUCAGCUUUUUCGAUGCUAACACGAAAAAUGGCUAAAUAUCGCGAUGCACACGAUGAGUUGGCUAAGCACAUUAAGAACUAUGCAGAUGAGGAGGAAAUCAAUGAGAGUUUGUGCAAUGGACUUAAGAGCUUAACCAACGCUUUGACCAUAACAGGAGAUUAUAUGGAUAUUAAUGUGAAGAGGUUGGAGCUGAAGAUAGUUAACGAGCUGGCGCACUUUGAGCAGCUGUGCAAGUCCACUAGGGAUAAUCUGCGUCUUGCUGUCAUCGCAAGGGACAAGGAGGUGCUCAGCCAGCGUCAGAUGCUGGAGCUGAAAUCCAAAUUUGCAGCAAACAAUACCGCCGCUGAUUCCGAGCUCUUCAAGACCAAAUUGGAAGUUCAGCGCACCAACAAGGACAUCGACGAGAUCAUCAGCGGCUUUGAGCAGCGCAAGCUGCGGGAUGUGAAGCAAGUGCUGAGCGACUUUAUAUUGAUAGCCAUGAAACAGCACACCAAGGCUCUGGAGGUGCUCAGCGCCAGCUACUAUGAUGUGUGCAACAUCGAUGAGCGUGACGAUUUCCUGCAAUUUCAAAAGCUAAUGAAAACAAAGGAGGAACCCGUCGUCACUCGCAAAUCGGCUCUCAAAAAAGGUUUGCGCUCCCAAUCUAUGGACAGUUUGGAUCACAAUCAUCUGAGCCCACUCAAAAGACAGCAGAAGCUAUCGAAGAGUACAAAGAAUUUGACUGGAGCUGGAAUACCGCGAUCUGGUAAGCCGGAGCAGAGCGAAGAGGAUGACAGCGAGCUGGAUGAGGAUGAUGACGAUGAGGAAGAGGAGGAGGAGAGCGAACAAAGCGUCGAGGAGGAGGAUGAAGAGGAAGAGGCCUCCGGCAGCGUUUCAGACGACGAGGGCGAACAGGGAAUGCCACACGAGAAUGUCUUUGGUGCCAAGGCCAGAAACAAGGAUUCAGCCAGUUCAACAGCAACUCCAUUGAAGCCAGUGGUGCGACAGCCAGUCAAACAUCCUUUUAAGGCCGUGGCAGCCACGCAUGUGGCACUCCGUAAACAACGCACAGAACGAGACGCUGGCAUAGCAACUGAGGGUGGAGGAGGCGGGCGUCGCCUGGUGACAGUUGUUGAAUCGAAGCGUGCCUAAGAUCUGAACAGUUUGACAUGCAUUGAUGGUGUUUUUCUCAUUUUUGGUGUGUACAAUUCUUGAUUUUUAAUUAUAAUAAAAAAACGUGUACCGGCAAAAAUUUCAAAUGAUUGCCUAACAAUUAAAUUUUCCAAAAUGCACUUAACUUAAAUUUUGACAUCAACUUAAAACUAU